CUCAACUUUUUGUUACAGAACAGACCUGUAGUUUGGCAAGCCUGUGUUUCUGAUCUAAUUUAUAAUCUAGUCAUCAGUCAUUCGAAAAGUUGAAACAUGAAUCUGCGAGAACCGAAGAAGAAAAGGACGAGAUUGAGGCCACAAUUGCCAUUUCCCAUCCCACUGAACGAAACGCAGGAAUGGCCAGUGUACACGGCGCAUCUCACAGAUGUAGGAUCGUGUAUAGUUGAACCUGAAGAGAUGACUGCGGUGCAUUCAAUGGGGUUUUUUGGCAAGGGGUCGUUGUCGCGCAGUUAUCCAUCGUUUGGCAAAGCAAGGUACGGGGCACCGCCGGUUGUUCGAAACAGACAGUGGCUUUGCAGACAAAAAUGGCUCGAGGAAGUCAAAGAAUUGAACGCUACCGAUUACAAAGAUGCUAAAGCAACCGCUCAAUGCGAGGGAGGAAACAUCUCCUAUGAAGAGAACAUUGGCGACGUCGUCGAGAUUCCUUCCAAUUCUAUCGAAAACGGGAGUAAGCAAAGAAAUGAGACGAACGCGAAGAAUAUCGAGAUCGAUGAAGUCACUCUAGAUUCCGCGGAGGAGGACGAUAUAUGCGUAAUUAUCAAUAGGGACCCGGAUAAAUAUGAUAAUGCUGAAGGUUCACCAAACACUCACGAUGACAAAAACAAUUCCGAAGAGAAAAAAGAAGAAGAAGAACCGUGGAAAUUGAAUUGUUACGACUUCAAAAGCGACUGCAUGAACGAGGAUGACAAUCAGCAUGGAAAACUCUUGGUGUUGCCAGAUAGCGACUCGGACACCGAGAAUUAUUUGAAAAAUAUUAAACCGAGAAUCGAGAACGAGGGUUUCCCCGUUCGAGAGGCCCUGCAUCUCACAUUCGAAGAGACCUUUUUUCUCCUUUUUGGAUUAGGUUGCCUGCAAGUGAUCCACUUCGACGGUAGUCUGCUGGAUAUCAACAGAGCAUGGCUGUACUUUUGCAAGGAGAAGCCAGACUUUUUACAGAAAUAUGUAGUUUAUCAUUAUUACAGGAGCAAAGGUUGGGUGGUCAAGCCCGGUAUAAAAUACGGUGGCGAAUUUUUGCUUUAUAAAGAGGGACCACCUUUUUAUCAUGCAUCUUACAUCGUUAUAAUAGAAGUAGCAGACGCGGACUCUUUAGUUGUAGAUCCUACCAUGUCCUCGCGAUCUAUGACUUGGAACAAUUUAUUUGGAUUUGAAAGGCUGUCCGAGACGGCUGCUAAGGAAAUACUUUUGGCGCAAGUUUUAUGGCCGUCGUCGGUACCUCGGGAUAUCAGCGAAACUAGUCCCGAAAUACUUUCCGAAUUCACUGUGAGGGAAGUACUCUGGCGUCGAUGGAAUCCAAAACAGCAUCGGGAAGACGUUCCCACCGAAGAGGAGGACGAUUACUCGUGCUGAAGGAUUUUCUAAUUGUUUACAUACCUUAUCUUUGAAAUCUUUCUUACAAUAAUUGCGCAGUAAGUUAUUUUAUAUAUAAAUUGUUUAUUUUAUUAAUACUACAUAUGCCUGUACUUGGAACAAUUUGUUUGGAUUUGAAAGGCUGUCCGAGACGGCUGCUAAGGUAAACGUGCAUCUACUUAUUAAAUACGAUAGAUGUAACAGAUUUAGAGAGAACCGUAUAAUUGUUUUUAUUAAUAAGCUGUAUAUUUUGCAUUAAAACAUAGUUUGUCA